GUACAAUAUAUGUGUACGAUAAUUGUGAUAUCUUCCGCAUCUGUAGAAGCGAGACCGAGCAGUAAAUCGUCAUGGAAUUUCCUUUCUUCGCCAAAAACAAAACCUUCCGUCCGAAGAAGAAGUUUGAGGCAGGUACGAUGCGGUUCAAUCUACACAAGAAAGCCCAAGCAUCUCUCAACUCAGGGCUAGACCUAAAAGUAGUAGUCAAGCUCCCUGCAGAGGAGGACUUCAAUGAUUGGCUUGCUGUGCAUGUGGUGGACUUUUUCAACAGAAUUAACCUCAUUUACGGGACAGUGUGUGAGUUUUGCAGUGCUGAUACAUGCCCCAUCAUGAGUGGGGGUCCGAGGUAUGAAUACAUGUGGAUGGAUGGAGAGAAAUAUAAGAAGCCCACAGCCCUCCCUGCAACAGACUAUAUCAACAAUCUCAUGGAUUGGGUUGAACAACUCAUCAACAAUGAGAAUAUAUUCCCUAUUAAUACAGAGGUUAGUUUCCCUAAGUCGUUUGUCUCCACAUGUAAGAAGAUGCUUACAAGAUUACACAGAGUUUUCAUCCAUGUCUACAUCCAUCACUUCGAUAAACUUGUUGAGAUUGGAGCGGAAGCACACAUAAACACAUGCUACAAACACUUUUAUUUCUUUGUGCAUGAGUUCAACUUGGUUGAUUCAAAAGAACUAGAACCUUUGAGAGAUAUGAUCCAGAAAAUCUGCAUAUGAGCGCUCCUAUGACCUUUGACCCUUCCUCCUGACCUAGCACCUAGGGAUAUCAACAACAGCUCAUUGACCUUUGAACUUUGAACUCUUGGGCUCACCAUGUCUUAAUAUGUGAAGGCUCCUAUUUGGAUGUACGUUCCUUGUAGAACCAACAGCAAGAAGUAGGUCUAAUCUUUACAUCCCCAUGAUGGCAUCUCGGCUUUGACCUUGGACCCGACCUUUGUUCAGUGACACAUGACCUUUGAACUUAUGUCAUACGAAGGCUCCUCAUGAGAUCUAUACGCUUUUGUGUUUCAUCAUAUUGAACCCAUUCAUCCUAUAACCGCCAACUGCAACCAAACCUAGCUCUUCGUGGACGUAUUUUCAGCUGAACUUUGACCCCUUGUUCAGGUGGACAUGACCUUUGAACUGAUGUCAUUUGAAGCCUCCUAUUUUAAGCGACAACCACACCAAGAAUGUAGCCUGAUUGAAAAUCUUCUAAAGCAGAUGUCAGGCCUUCCUAGAUUACAGAAAUAGUCUAUGUGGCCUGCAGAGAUAUUUAUUAUGUAUAUCACAGAUUUAUUACAAUGUGCUUAUUUUUUAUAUCUUAAUUGAUAGUAGUAACAAUAAAAAUCCAAAAUAUUGAGAGGUGAUGUGUUGCCCGGACUUUGCUUUAUAUUCGCUUUGUCCCCCUUUUUCAGAUGGUUUCAUACCACAUUGGCGAAACCCCAUUUGGUCUACUGUUCAUUUGGUCCCGUUCUGUGUUUACACUACACUUGGUCUAAUACACGUUUGGUCUAAUCCUCAUCUAGUCUAUUGCCCAGUUGGUCUAAUUUCCAGUUUGUCCUAUUUUUUUUUAAUAUGUCAAAUGAAAAUUUGGUUUACAAAUAGUUCAUUUCAUCUCACCAUAACUGUUGACUAAAUGAUGUUCAAGGGAAGGUUUCAUCAAUAUUUUUGUCCGACGAGUUGUCAGAUCUGACAACUUUCUCCGAUUCUGAUUGGCUGUGAGGCUCUGUUACUAUGACAACUGUCAUAUGUCAAAUGAAAAUUUGGUUGACAAAUAGUUCAUUUCAUCUCACCAUAACUGUUGACUAAAUGAUGUUCAGGGGAAGGUUUCAUCAAUAUUUUUGUCCGACGAGUUGUCAGAUCUGACAACUUUCUCUGAUUCUGAUUGGCUGUGAGGCACUGUUACUAUGACAACUGUCGGAUAGAACGUCCGACAAGUCCUCUCAUGAAACACUCCCCUGAUCAAUUGUAUUUUAGAUGAAAUGUAUAUUGCCAAACUGGAAACUUGGCAAAAUGGUAAAUGGGCUAGAUGGUAAUAACCUCAAAUGGUUAGUAGACAAACUGGUUAUAAACGAACUAGGAUUAGACCAGUUGGGAUGUAACCAUGGACUGCAUGAAUAUUCAUGAAUACAAAUAGUAUGGUAAAGUUAAAUGAAACAUGGACUGCCUGAAUAUUCAUGAAUACAAAUUGUUUGGUGAAAUCAAUGAAACAUGGGCUAGAUGAAUAUUCAUGUAUGCAAAUUUUAUGCUGAAAGUGGACAGAGUUGAUCUAGACCAAUAAGCAAUUGACUGUUGGCACUCCCAUGUGUGAAUUAUUCACUUUAUUCUCAGAGGCAAGGUACUGACCGAUAUUACAGUUACUAUGUCAUCAUAGUUAUUGCCAUUAUAUUGUAUAGCCCUAUCACCGAUAUGCUUCGAUAUUUAUUAAUGGAGCCAGGAUUGGAGUUUAUGUAUAACAUUCUAGGUAGCAGUUAUCAUUUUUUAAUGUGAUCUUCCUCAGGUCGUUACUUUCACAUUUCAAAGGUCAGAGGUCAAAUAUUAAUCAAACGUCAAGUCCACCUCGUAGAAAAGUUUAUAUGAAUCAAUUUCACAUGACCCCUGUAUAUUGCAGGCUUCUUGAAAUGGUUUGUCUAUAGUUUUCUGUUCAUUUAAAAAUUUGUAGUGCUCUUAUUCACUGCAAAAAUACCGGUGUUAAUUUAACACCAGCUUGGUAUCUAUACAGGAAAGCACCAGAGAGGUGUUGAAAAAGCAUCACUUUGGCUUUAGGCUAACACCAGAUAGGCAUUUAAACAACACUAAUCAGUGUUAAACCAACAUCGGUUUGAUUCUUAACUGGUGUUGUUUCAACACUUUCCGAGGUUGGUGUUAAAUCAACACUGGUGUUUUUGCGGUGUACUAUCAAGGCUUGUCGCUUUCCAUGGGGUAGAGGAAAUUGAGAAAAAGUGGAGCCUUCAUAUUGUUAUUACUUGCCAUUGUAUUAAAAAGCGAUAUUUUGGAAGACAAAAUAAGAAUGUUAUGAACCAUUAGUUUUCCCCCAUCCUUCUCAUGAACUUAUUUUUUUGUAUAUUUUGCUUUCAAUUUGUACCAAGGUACAUUUUUAUACUGAUGUUCUUUUUUAAUGAUAUCUUUUAUUCAUUAUUUGAGAGUAUCGUGAUGCAUUUUUUUUAUCAAUAACUGUUCAUUGUUUAUAGAUAUGUAUACACAGACAGUGAUAGCUAUAACAGAAACAUACUUUUAAUAGAUAAUACGUCGUAUGAAUUUCUGAGAUUCCAGUUUAAAAAUCAUAUUCUUAUGUCUACUGCUAGGCCGAAAUUAAAAAAAAGGGUGGUUUUGAAUCUGCAAUCUCAAACCUGAAAAAGAGUCCAGUUAUCAAUGCUAGCUUACAACAUACGGGGCUAUUAAAGUCUGUGUUUGUUUCUUACGCAUAAACGUAGCAGUGAGCAAACUGUUUUUGAUUUUUCAUGAUUUAAAGAGAAAUUCCAGUUGUAACGAUCUCAAACCAAGCAAAGCAGAUUCAAAUUGAAUGACCAUCCAAAUGUUUGUAUGUAUAAAUAAAUUAGGUAUUUGAGAGUUAAAAAUGAGAGUUAAAGAAACAAUCAAAUUUUUGAAAAUCUCUCAUCUUCUGUUUUUGCCUUUGGUUUUGAUUAACAAUUGGCCCAGUAAAGGGGAAAUCCACCCCAACAAAUGAUUGCAACUGUAGUAGCAAACAGAAUCUUGCUCCCUGUGACAUAUAAGGCGUUCAUUCAUUAUUGACUCGUCAGUAUUUUAGCUGAAUUACGAAGCAGAAAUGGUUCCACCAAAUCAUGGAGUGACAUGUAGAGCCACCUUUCUUAAUUGAGCCUUUGUGUACACGUUAUACACAGGAAGUAUCAGAAAUAAGUUAAAGCAAGUUCAUCUGAAACUUACUGCAACAUAUUUUAUGUUUGUUAGACAUGAACAUUUCAUACACUUUAAAUAAACACUUCAUAAUAUUAGUUUUCAAUGAGCUGUGACUCCGUUGAAAAAAAACCCUACUAAAGUAGUGUUUAGAAGUAGAUUUUGUAAGAACGAAUUAUUCAUUUAUUUAACAUUUCAUUCAGGGUAUUUACAUUGUAAAAUGUUAAAUAAGACCAUGCCAUACAAUCAAGUAAUUUAUUUGGUUUUAAAUCGUGUUUGAAUGAAUAAAUAAAAAAAAAUGAUAUGUGCUGUAUAGAAAAGUUUUCCUGUACUUUCAUAAAUCUUAUGUAUUUUCAAUGAGAGAUAAAGAUAUUUUCAUAAUUGUGACUUUUAUGUACCGAAAUCAAAGAAAAUUUACAAAAAGAGACUAAUCUGCAAUUCUACACAGUAUAUGUAUUGUAUUGUCUAUGUUACAUGUACAAUGUAUUGUAAAGUAUCAUGUUUUUUUUGUGCAGUGUAUAAGCACUUUUCCUAAAAUUGCCUCGUCUAAAAUUUCCAUGCGAGAUUGAAAUCCCUUCAAAAAUUUAAUUUCUCGAGUUGCUCAUCAAGUGCUAUUGUAACUAUGUCAAAGUUAUCUUUUACUGGUAUUUACUUCAUGUUCUUGGAGAGUAUGCUAUUUAUUUAUGAUGUGUUUUCUUAAGGUUUUAGACAUUUAUGCUUCUAAAAAAAUAAUGAUGAUAAUAUACAGUUCUUGUGUAGCACAUAUCACAUUAUGAAUAAUGUCUCUAUGCGCUUCCGAAGGACUUAGAUAUUAUUACCCCAGCUGUAGCUUGUUAUAAUAAUAUAUAGCAUUUAUGAGGCACCGAUCUAUCCAGUUUCCUAUUCAGUAACGCACUAUAUAUUACCCCGGCUGUAGCUCCAGCUGCUAAAGGCGCUUGGUGCAUU